AUGCGCACGGUGACAUGGAUCAAGAUGGCCGUAACUGGCGUCGUGUUCUGCGUGGGCGGACCAGCAUUGAUCUACUACGUUACCCCAAGCGAAGAGGAGCUCUUCUCCCGAUAUAACCCUGAGCUUCAGAAGCGUUCAUUAGAACGGCGAAAGGAGAAGCAAGAGGACUUUGACAACUUCGUUACGAAGCUCAAGGAGUACUCGAAGAGUGACAAGCCUGUCUGGACAGUUUGGGAGCAAGAAGCGGCAAAGCAGCGGCAACUGGGCAUUCAGCAGGAACUCGAUCGCAGGAAGCUCGCCGCCGCCGAGGCGGAAGCGACGAGACAGCAAAUGCAGAGCACGCUCAGAUAG